UGUCUUUGUAUCCGUUGCUUAAUGGUACGAUUGAUAGAGGUCACCGGGCUGCACUUAUGCAAGGGGGCAAGAACUUAGACGUUUUGGUCACUCGCACCCCGAAGACUAACUGGAUGAUACACCCUUCAUGGGUUGAUAGGUUAAGUUGGGCUGGACUUCUACCCUUGGCACGGCUGGUUGAGGGUACGUUGGAAGAGUGGGUUGACCAUCCGAACUUGGAUGAGGCAGGUGAACCAAUGCAGUUGAAAAAGAGGCAAGUGAAACGAUUCUCUUACGACAGGUCACUCCUUACUUGCUUAGUAGAUAGAUGGAGACCAGAGACACACACCUUUCACUUUCCCUGGGGAGAGAUGGCGCCUACUUUACAGGAUGUCUCCUACUUGUUGGGAUUACCUUUGGCCGGUGAUGCCAUAGGUCCUUUAGAGGCAGAACCUGGUUGGCUUGCAAAUAUGCAGGCCCGUUUUCUAGCUGCGGUGCCAACUGCUACGGGCUUAAACGAUGAUCCUCACGGGCCACGUUUUAGGUGGUUGAGCCAGUUUCAGAUUGUCUCAUUAGGAUACCCCGCAGUAGAUUUGUCAGACGCACAGAUUGAUCGAUCCCUAGAGGCAUAUAUUCUAUGGUUGUUCGGCAAGACGAUGUUCACGGAGAACCAUGUGACCACUGUUGAUGCACGAUUCAUCGGUAUUGCACGAGAGAUAGCUGACACACGUUGCCCUGCGGAUAUUGUCCAGAGGAGUUUUGGUUCUGCCGUGUUAGCAGCUACGUAUAGAGGCUUGUGCAAAGGUUGCUUAUUGAAGUCUAGAAAGUCAGGUCUGGUUGGAUGUCCACUAUUGUUGCAGCUCUGGUCUUACGAGAGAUUCCCUAUUGGACGACCCUAUAUCUCCAUUGACACACCGUUUGGGUUGGAGGACAUGGCAGGGGCUUACGUGCCUGCUAUCGGCGACUUUCCUACUAUGGGAUCUGUUUGGGCACGGAGAGAGAGACAGUUUGCACAUACCCAGGUGAAGGGCUGCUACCCGUCCUUCACGGUGCAGUUUGAUAGUUUGCACGAGGAUCAAGUUAUCUGGGAGCCCUACUCGUAUCAGACUAUAACAUCCAGGUAUCCAGUUGGGAUCUCUGCCUUAUGCACUAGAGAUCGGCACUACUGGAUGACCAAGGCAAAGUUGGUGUUCGACGUGACGGUUGAGGAGAUGGCUCUUCAUAGGGUGAUGAGACAGUUUGGUCUAUGUCAAGAGCCUGCAAUUCCAGAUAUUCCACGGAUACCAGACCACGUUCACAAGUACAGUCGCGUAGGAGGAAACAAGUCCAUGGCUGUUUGGCUUCAGAGCAUUAGCCCUUACGUUCAAGAAUGGACUAUGGCACCGACAAAUAUCUGGAAUGAGGUUGGGCCCUUUGACUGAGACAAGUUUGGGUUGUAUUUACAAACUUACCGACAUACAACGAGGAUCUACUUGGUUCCAUCAGCUGCUCCUG